UUUGGUCUUUACGUACCAAAACUUGGUUACCACACACAUUGUGAAAUGGCUAUCCAUAUAUCCACACAAGUGAUCGAUAUUUUCAUGCAUUAUUCAUCCAAAGACAUGAGCAUAAACUGGUCGCUACAGAUGAUGCUACUAGUCAUGUUAUUCAUAAAGCAAGGAUAUGCGCAGAAUAUGCGGUCAGUAGCAAAGCCUGGAUGUGAAGAACGAUGCGGCAGCCUGUUAAUCAGUUACCCUUUCGGAAUGGGACCAAAUUGUUCAGCUAAUGAGGCAAUGGAAAUCUUUUGCAACAACGGAAAAGCUCAUCUCAGGGACUAUCACAAUAACACACUGGAGGUGCUGGAAAUAUCAGUAAAUAAGGGCACAAUUCGCAUCAAGCAUACAAUAACCACUGACUGUGCAAAUAAGACGAAUGGCUCAGAUAUUUAUAUACAAUAUCCAUUUACAUACUCGGCCACUGAAAAUCGAUUCGUUGCCAUGGGCUGUGACAAUCAUGCUUUAUUAGCAUCAACUGAAUCGGAUUUUGUAGCUGGAGGGUGCGUGUCAUUGUGCAAUACUUCUUCAACAAAAAACGAUAACACUUGUUUCGGAAUAAACUGUUGUCAAACAAGUUUCAGGGAAUUUUCAAAUGGGAAAGACUUCAUGCAGACUAUACGGCCAUUGUUAAAUCCUGCCAGUUCCAGCCAAGCUUCAGCGAGAUGCAGCAAGGGGCCGAGUAGGUAUGGAUUCAUCGUUGAUCAGGACUGGUUUGAACGGUUGAAAGAUAUCUAUAGUGUGCAAAUCAGGAAAACCGUUCCUGUGGUACUUGAUUGGAAAAGAUACUCAAAUUGCCAGUUUCUCUUUCAUCGAGAUAAAUGUGGACUACACACUUCAUGCAAGGAACGCUUGUGUUCUUGUGAUGAAGGAUACGAAGGAAAUCCUUAUUUGCGGGAAGGAUGUCAAGAUAUCGAUGAGUGCACAACAUAUAUACCAGGAUCCAACUUAAAAAGAAAUAAAUGUGAGCAGUCUUGUACCAAUACACCAGGAAGCUACACUUGCUCAUGCCAUGAUGGGUAUGUUCUUGUUGGGAAUAUCAACUGCGUGAAAUUAAAGGGUAAUCAUAUUGUGAAGAAAGCUGCAAUCAUAGUAACAGCCACUUGUGCUACUCUAGGGGUGUUGUUGGCUACUACAUGGUGGUUGUACAAAGUAAUAAGACGAAGAAAACUACGUAAACAGCUUAAGAAGAAGUUCUUUGAGAGAAAUGGUGGUCUGCUAUUGCGUCAACAAGUAUCUUCUAGUGAAGGUAACAUGGAGACAAGCAAAUUAUUUACUUCAAAGGAGUUAGAGAAGGCAACUGACCGCUAUAAUGUAGAUCGGAUCGUUGGACAAGGAGGACUGGGUACUGUCUAUAAAGGAAUGUUGACAGAUGGAAGAAUUGUUGCCGUGAAAAAAUCCAAGAUAGAAGAUGAAAGCAAACUUGAACAUUUCAUUAACGAGGUUGUUAUUUUAUCACAAAUAAAUCACAGAAAUAUUGUAAAGCUAUAUGGAUGCUGCUUGGAGACAGAGGUCCCUUUACUCGUUUAUGAGUUCAUCCCCAACGGAACACUUAUGCAGUAUAUCCAUGACGAUAAUGAGUACUUUCCUCUUACAUGGGAUGCCCGUGUACGUGUAGCCACAGAAGUUGCAGGAGCUUUAUACUAUUUACACUCUGUUGCAUCAAUUCCAAUAUAUCAUCGAGAUAUCAAGUCAACAAAUAUACUUUUGGAUGAGAAGUACAGAGCAAAAGUGGCUGACUUUGGAACAUCAAGAUCAAUUUCUAUUGAUCAGACUCACCUGACAACUAGAGUACAAGGCACAUUCGGUUACUUGGAUCCUGAAUAUUUCCAGUCAAGCCAAUUUACAGAUAAGAGUGACGUUUAUAGUUUUGGAGUAGUUCUUGCGGAGCUUUUGACAGGAAAAAGACCAAUUUUGGUAGCUAGACUUGACAAUGAAGCACGAAGUCUAGCAACAAUUUUUUUAAUGGCAAUGGAAGAAAAUCGCCUAGAAAAAAUUCUUGAUUCGCGGAUUACCGAUGACGGAGCAAAGGAACAGAUGAUUGGAUUUGCUAACAUUGCAUAUAGAUGCUUAAACUUGAAUGGGAGGAGAAGGCCAACAAUGAAAGAAGUUGUCGCUGAGCUUGAGAGUAUCAAAAAUACACAUGGAUCAGCAACUGUUCGACAACACUCUAAAGAAUUUGAAUAUAAAAUAAAUGAACUAAGCGGGUCUUGGGUGUCGGACUUGACUUCAACUUCUUCUCGUUCCACUGUAUAUAAGAGUCUCUCUGUAGAUACUGAGCCUCUGAUGACAAACCAGUGAUACCAAGAUGCUGAAUCGAAAGCAUUUAUAGCGACAUCAUGUUCUAUUUGAACAUUCGAAUAAUGUAAAUCAAGUAUUGAUGUAUGAACUGAUUAUGAGAAUGAAGGUAAUUAACUACACUUGGUUAUCCUCA